GGCAAUAUAUCUCGCCUCUUUUCCUAUUAUAAAUAACUUAGGUUAUAAUCUUCUAUCUAUAAAUUUCUUUCUCUGUAAGCGCUUAUAUAUAGCCGUCAAUACUACCGGUCUCCAAUAUCUGUAUUCAAAUUCAGGAUAGAUAAUGACGCCCAACAUCCAAGAUGAUGUGUUAAGGGAGAUAUUAGUUCGAUUACCUCCAAAGUUUGUGUUCAAAUUCAGGUGUGUCUCAAAGAGAUGGAACGAAAUCAUCCAAGAUUCUUACUUUCUUCGUAGUUAUGCUUGUGGAAGAAAGGGGUCUCGUGAUCAAUUAUUGGGUUUCAUACUGCGUGCAUACAAGUACCCAUAUCCAAACACCCGUCCUCGUUCAGAACCUCGGAUUAAAGUCCUACCCCUACAUGGUAAAAGAAUAGGUGCUUUCCCAGAAAAAGUUGGAUACUUUAUUUCUUCCUCUAACGGUCUUGUUCUUUGUGGUCACCACCACCCGAUGAAGUACUAUGUAAUCAAUCCCUUAACACAAAAGUGGGUAUCUCUGCCGCGACCUUGCAAUCAUUACAAGGAGGUAUCCAUGGGAUUGGUAUGCGAAGAAAAUACAGCCCAAUUGGUGGCAAAAUACAAAGUUGUGAGGACAGGCAAGCCUGCUAUGUUAUUGGACAACAGAAUAACCAUUGAAACUUAUUCCUCCACUACAGGGAAGUGGGUCGAAUCAGUACUUGUUGCCACUGAUAAGUUUUGUGUGUAUCCGUGGCCAUUUAUUGCUCCGUUUGUGCUCAAUGGUGUUUUUCAUUGGGUAGCUUCCCCAAAUUUUGUCGUUUUAUAUGAUCCGAAUGAGAACCAUCUACAGCUGAUUGAAAAUCCAAUUAAUGAAAUGGUACGACAAUCUUCUGUAUAUUCAAGGUCGAGUGAUGGCCUGUUAUGGUGUGGAAUUCUAACUGAAUUCAAUUUGAGAAUUUGGAUGCUCCCCAAAUCUGAUCAAGGCUACAAACGCUCGUGCACCAUUCCUAAGGAAGAGUGGGUCCUAGUCCAUGGGGUGACUUUUGAAUCUCUUUGCAAUGACUACUCAAUGAUCAGGGAUACAAGAUUAAGACCCGAGACACACAGCUCAAAAUUUUAUUCGCUCGUCUUUAGCUCAUGGAAUCCACUCAUUGUGCUAUUCAGAAUUGGUGAAACUGUUUUCGUCUAUAACAUACCGAGCAAGUCGGUGGAAUUGUUAUCAUAUCGUGGCAAACCGCCUAUUGAUUAUGGCGGCGAAUAUAUUUGGCACCCUCACUUUGAGACACAUUUUUUGUCUUCCUACUCCCUUCAGUAGAGUACUGUAAAGUUUUAACAGACUAGACGUAGUCAUAUAGGAGUCAAUUUAGUUUAAUUUAAUUUUCUUGGUUGUUUUUGUUAAUUAGACAAAGCCUUAUGUUGAGUCACUUUUGCUAAGAUAUAACUGUACUCAACAGCUAUUUGUGAUUCAUAAAAUAUUAUGAUUUAGCCAAACAUUCUCUUACAA